AUGCUUCUUCCCCUGACGGACACAAGGUGGGUCCGGAGAGGAGAUUUCUCGAUCCCGUACGGAGUGCGCAGGUGGCGGAGGGAGAAGGCAAGGACGGUCGCUUUAGCGCCGUCGUCGUGCGGCGGUGCUUGGGCUGUUGGCAGCGGCGGCAUAGGAGACGGGGAAGACGCUAAUGUCCGUCAAGGCGUGCUUCGGCAACGACGCCAACGCGCUCGUCGACUGGGACGGCGGCCGCGACCACUGCCCCUGGCGGGGGUCGUCGCCUGCGACACCAACUCCUUCGCCUGGAGGAAGCUCAAAGGAAGCAAGACUUCAACAAAAAUCUCUGAAUGCAUUCCAAGCUUCUGUACGGCGUACGUCGUUUCAAAGGGCAAACUGUCAUUCGUGCACUCUUACACCUGA